CAACAUACAGCCACAUUCACCCACAGAGAGAGCCCGAGCAGGAGAGACCCCCCCCAUCCCCACCCCUCCCGGCCCCCAGUGCUCGAUCCGGCCCCCUGCCAGCGUGCCCCGGGCCCAGGCCCUUUGGGACCCACAUCCCCUUCCAGAUCGAAGGCGGAAAAAAAAAAAAAGGAAGAGAGAAGAGUGAGAGACAUAUACAUACGGAGAUCUCUGGAGCAGACCUCAAGGUGACCUUCAUUUCUACCUGGUUCUCGUCUGGGGGGGCCCUGGUUGGGCAGCCCCCCCACAUUUCUCCUGUCCUGAAACACGGCUCUAGCCAACCUGCUUCGCUGCUUCACCUGCGAUCGUCUGUGUGGGGGCUGCACGGCGCCAGCCCCCCCAGCCCGGCAGGGCAUUGCCCUCCAGCCCGUCAUGCCCAGCUGCGAGCCUGGCCCGGGCCCUGCCUGCCUCCCCACCAAGACCUUCCGCAGCUACCUGCCUCGGUGUCAUCGUACAUACAGCUGUGUUCACUGCCGGGCACACCUGGCUAAGCAUGAUGAGCUCAUCUCCAAGUCCUUCCAGGGGAGCCAUGGCCGGGCCUACCUGUUUAACUCUGUGGUCAACGUGGGUUGUGGGCCAGCUGAACAGCGCCUCCUGCUCACUGGCCUCCACUCUGUGGCUGACAUCUUCUGUGAGAGCUGCAAAACCACCCUGGGCUGGAAAUAUGAGCAAGCCUUUGAGACAAGCCAGAAGUACAAGGAGGGGAAGUACAUCAUUGAAAUGUCGCACAUGGUGAAGGACAACGGCUGGGACUGAGGGGCUCAGGCAGGAUGCCCCGUCCGCAUGCCCCACAUCCUGCCCCCAUACCACGCCCCUGGCCUCAACAUGCUGUCCAUCCUCACACCAGUACUGUCCCCCCCUGCCCCCCCUGGGGAAAACCCGGCUCUGUCUAGCCCCACCCCACCACAUCCCUAAGGAGGCCCCCUUUGGAAGAGGGGUCUGGGCUGGUCUGGGGUAGCCUGGGGGGGAUGCCCAAGGGACAGGAAUAAUGGAUGGCAAUGGGGGGUAAAAAAAGUUGGGGUGAUGGUUCUGGCUCCAGAGUCACAGAAUUCAGAUCCUUCUGCCCUUGGGGUGUUUGGACAUUGGGAACUUGGCAGGGUAGAACCUCUCCUUCCAGUAGGUAGGGGUUCAGAUCUGGCAUAGCCUCCAUAUGCUUGGGCAAAGAACUCUGCUGCUGAGGCAUGCAGAGCCCAGUCUGAUGGCAGGUCCUAGGCCACAGGCAAGUAGUAGAAGGUGGCCUCAGUGACUGGAGUGAGACUGUCCUCCAGCUCUGGGAGCUAACGGCUUCAGAAUGUGAUUGAAGCAGAAAGGCAGAGAAGACCUCAAUCCCAAGUCCUUGGAAGACACAGAAGGAUCACUGGGAUUUCCAUUUCAUUUGUCACUUGUUAGGUUACCUUGGCACUAAUGAGGCACUUUUGCAUAUAUAAUCUUUGCCAUUGGGUUGGGUGGGGGAGGCUGCCCCCCCCCCCGUGACUUUCCUCCCCAGCUGGCUUUGUCACCAGGGGGCCGCACAGGCUCCAGCUAACCGCUUCCUGGGACUCAGGCAACUGGGAAUAAGGUGGAAAAUCAGUGUCACAGGCCGGAUUUUCCUGUGGCUGCCACCAGCGCACGAAACUUUUGUAUUAAAAAGUGUUUGAGUUUAUUUUUAAUAAAAAUGGGGAAAAAACAGCUGAGUGCAGAGGUUUGACGUUUCUAACUGUAAUACCCACACCAGAAGCAGGCUCCUUGUCUGAGGGGGCUUAUAAACAUGGAUUUCCCUUGAUCUCCGCCAGGGAGCAGCAGGACUCCUUUGCUAGUAGAAGACCCAGCUCUGGCCUUUAUCUGGCCCAGGGGUUUUUUGGGGAAAUUUUGCCUACUUCAUGAUUUGUGAUGGUCAGUUUGAGUCCUAGCAUUCCAUGCUGGAGGUGGGAGUGUUUGUGACUUCCCGAAUCCAGGUAUGCCUGACUUUGAGUCUGGGAAUAUGAUGUGAUCUGAGCUUAGAGAUCCUUCUUGAUUUCAGUUGAUUCGCAGGAUAUUAAUAACAGUUAUAUAGUGUUUUAAGGUUUUAAAGCCCUUUACAAAUAGUACCUCAUUUUAUCCUCACAGCAAUUUUGGGAGGUAGUUGCUAUUAUUAUCCCAUUUUUACACAGAUGAGGAAACCGAGGCCUGGAGAAGCUAAUUAACUUAUCCAAGUUCACAAAGCUAAUGAAGUCAUAUUUGAGGUCAUGUUAUACUUGAACUCGGGUCUUCCUUAUUUAUCGUUGGCUCUGUUCACUUCGCCACCCAGCUACCUCUAGCAGUCUCAGACACUACUUUAGAUUAAAAAAAAAAGUUGAUCAGUAGAUUCUACCCAUAAUCAGCAGAAUUGAAAGGGAGUGGCUCAAAGUUGUAGUAUCACUGGGAUUCAGUCAAUCAAGGGUCGAUUUUGGUCAGUUUUGACUCAUUCCAUCACUGAGGUACAUUUAGACAUCCUACUCAUUAGCUGAAGUGCUUGGGGGAAGAUACAGAGCACACAACCCUGAAUGAAGUCUGAGUGACAGAGUUGGAAGGCAUAUUGGAAGUCAUCUCAUUCAAUUCCUACCUCCAGCAUAAAUCUAAGUAUUUCACAAAAAAUGCCAGGAGCCACUUGGUCUUUGCUCUUCAGUCAACAAGCAUUUAUUAAGCAUCUACUAUGUGCCAGGCACUGUGUUCUAAGUGCUGGGAAUUCAAAGAAAGGCUAGAGGCCCUUCAGUCAAGGAGCUCAAAGUCUUCAUCAGUUUACAUUCUCUGACAAACCCAAUGAAGCAAAACCCACUCUUUUUAUUCAGUACUUAAGGCUGAGGAAGAAACGAAGUGGAGUGAGGACAGUGAGGGAUGGCAAGGUUGUGAUAGACAUAAGUAGCAUGAAGCAUGCCUCGCAGAGACAUUGCUCCCGAGAGAGCGCUGAGGGGCAGCACACACGAAGGAAGGAUGGAACAGAAGCACUUGGGCAGGAAGGGGCUGCUGCCCUACACAAUGAGCCUCCCGCAUCGAAGUGGAACUCUUUAGUGUUCUGGAUUCUGCCUGCCCAAGGGGCUGGGGACACUUGGGAAGUAAGAAUGGCUUGCCCUCAGUUUCCUCAACUGUAAAGCAAGAUGGAGAUGCCCUCAGAAGCUCAUUUCAGUUAUAUGCUAUUAUGCUUAUCUCUUUGUGAAUUUCACCCCCUGCCACUAAGAUUUCUGGUCUAUGUGACACUAUCUGUGUCUGUUCUAAAGCUGCCCUUGCAGACCAUGUCCAAGCUGCUGGCUUCUCUAGAUUGCUGGUAUCAUGGAAAUCAUGUCUGUUUCAGCAAAUGAAUUCUAAUUCAAAUAAAUAAUUUAUACAGCA